AUGGCAGCACCUAGAGCUACCCAACUCUUCGCCCUCCGAAACCUGGCCCGCGGCAGCCGCCAAGUUCGACACCUCUCCAUGACUGGCCCAGCUACCUAUGCCUCCCCGAUCUUGAGCCGAGAGCUCCCUCGCGACAUGACCAGCCUUCGCACAGAGACCGCUGAAAAGCGUCCCGUCGUUGAGCAGCUGAAGGAAACUUCCAAGGUCAGGCACUUCAACACUUCCCGCGAGAUGAAGGCCAACCACGACACGAGCACGAUGGACUUUGCCUACCUCCCAGACAUCAUGGCGCCGGAGAACAUCGACAUCUACGCCCAUGUCCGCGUCCCGAUUCUCCCGACGGUGAGUGCUCAGGCUAUUAGCUAUGCUGAGCCAGAAGAGACUGUCGUAAUGAAACCCGAAAUCAGCGUCAUGUCCGCAGACGCCGUCUACCUCCCCAUGGCCGAAUCUCACGACGGCCACGCCAUGAACAUCGACUUCCACGCAAUGGCCGAUAAGGUAGCCGCCAAUCUGCGCAGGAUGUCGAUCCCAGUGGAGCAGCAGGCCAGCAUGAUGAAGCAGAUUUGGGGAGACAUGGUUGAUGAUAUGAUGGGUUUGAAGAAGGUUGGCACGGCCUGA